UUAACAUUAGACAGCUGUCAAGAAUACAAUUCAUUAUAUUUAUAAUAGCUUAUUUAUGUUUUCGGUCAGAGAAAUUAAAUACAUAUCAUCAUUAUGGAAAAAAAAGAUGGCAAAGAAUACUAUGAUAAAUUGAAUUUGUAGAUAUUUUAUAUUAUAUUUAAAAAGUCGCUUAAUGAUGUCAUAGUGUAGGUUUGUCUUUCAAAAUUUCCAAUUUUUGAUAGAGGUUGAUUAUUGGAAUUGUAGGAAAAUUCCGGCUAUCGAUAACUGCAGCUGUUUGGGGGGGUUCUCUUAAAUAUCUAAUGUUUUAUAUACUUAAUUUUGUGGAUAAUAGUCACUUAUUGUACAUUAAUGCUGUACAAUAUUAUUUGUCUAAGUUUUAUUGCUGAUUUUUAUUCUUGCAAGUACCUGAAGUGAUUUAUUUUUUCUCAAUUUUCAUUAUCAAUCUAAAAUGAAUGACAGGAGGAAAAAGUUUAUGGCAAAAAGACACAGAGUAAGGUUUCCCACUCAUGGAGGUCCAAUACCUACUGACGACUUUAUUCGUCAGAGAAAUGAAGCUUCUGCUGUUGAAGAAAACACCAAUGUUUCUGAAAUUAUUUCUACUGCACCCAAUGAUAUCCCAUCAACCUCUGGGGAAGAAACUGAUGAUAGCCGCCCUCCCCCAGGAUUAAAAGGAAAAGCUCUAGCCUUUUGGCAUCGGGACAAAAAAAGGAAAGAGAAAAAAUUGCGUAAACAAGAAAGGCUACUGAAGAGAACUGAGAAAAAACAGAAGAAAAAGAAUGUGCAACGUUUACCAUUGCAACUUGGUGAUGAAAGAAUAGAAAAGAUCAGAAAGAUGAUUGGGGAUGUUGAUUUUGACAAAAUCAAAAAGCUAAGCUCAGAACCUGUUGGUGGGUCUGGAUUUAACAUAAAUGAGAAAUACAUGGAUAUGCAAGAUAGCGAGUUUAAGAGGAGAUUCUUGAAAUCCAUUACUGGCUCUUUAGAAAAUAAAAUUAAAAAAGGAGGAAUACAUACUUCAUCUUUACCAAAAAGACCUGAGCUUGAUUUACGGUAUAAAGAAGAGUUGCGUGAUAAAUAUGUUUAUAAUCAAGAUUUUAAGCACUAUCUUUCUGUUCGAGAAAAUUUACCAGCAUUUAAAAAAAAGAAAGAGAUCAUUGAUGUUUUAGAAAAAACAAACAAGCUUUUGAUUAGUGGAGAAACAGGUUGUGGUAAAACUACUCAGGUAGCUCAGUUUCUAUUGGAACAUGAAAUAGUUUCGAAUCGUGGUUCAACAUGUUGCAUUCUUUGCACCCAACCAAGAAGAAUUAGUGCUAUUUCAGUUGCUGAAAGAGUUGCUGUGGAGAGGGGAGAGAGGCUUGGAGACAGCAUUGGUUAUCAAAUAAGACUAGAAAAAGUGAUUCCUCGUUCUUCUUGUUCUAUAAUGUUCUGCACAACUGGAGUUUUGUUGAAGUAUAUGCAAACGGAACCACUUCUUACUUUCGCUUCCCACAUUGUCCUUGAUGAGGUGCACGAGAGAGAUACUUUAUCAGACUUUGUCAUUACCCUUCUCAGAGAUAUCUUGCCUGUUAGACCCGAUUUAAAAGUUAUACUGAUGAGUGCUACGCUUAAUGCCGAAAAAUUUUCUAAGUAUUUUGACAACUGUCCUACAGUACAUAUUCCAGGUUUUACUUAUCCAGUGACAGAAUAUUACUUAGAAGAAGUACUUGAAAUGACAGGAUUUCAGUUCAGUUUGAAUAAACAGUUUCCAAAGGAUGCUGCAAAAGAGAGAGAAACUAGUGUUAUGCCAUAUUUGAGGAUGUUGGAACAUGAAAAAAAAUAUCCAAAAGAAGUCAUUACCUCUUUAAUGCACCCUGCAUCUGAAGAAAUCAAUUUAGAUCUUAUUGUUGCCCUGUUGAAGCAUAUUUGCUCAGACCCAAGAAACGCGAGAGGCGCCGUCCUCAUUUUCCUUCCUGGCUGGGAUAAAAUUUCGAAGCUUCACAAAAUGAUUUCUGAUAACAGUUUCUUCUCAUUAAGUCGCUAUGUAAUCUAUCCUUUACAUUCUUUAAUGCCUACAGUUUCUCAGAAAUCUAUUUUCAGCCACCCCCCACCAGGAAAAAGGAAGAUAAUAAUUGCGACAAAUAUUGCUGAAACCUCUAUAACAAUAGAUGAUGUUGUUUUUGUUAUUGAUUGCGGAAAGUUAAAGAUAAAAAAUUUUGAUAUUGAUAAUAAUAUCACGACUAUGAAAGAAGAAUGGGUUAGCUUAGCCAAUGCACAGCAAAGGAAAGGACGAGCUGGAAGAGUCCAGGAAGGUGUAUGCUAUCACCUUUUUACUCGUGGAAGAGAGAAAUUUCUGGACCAGUACCAGCUUCCAGAGAUGCUUAGAACUAGACUUGAGGAAGUUAUCUUACAAGCCAAAAUUCUUCAGCUCGGAAAAAUUGAACCUUUCUUGCAAAAAGUACUCGACCCUCCUUCUCCCAAAGCAGUUACAUUAUCUUUGAAGCUGUUAUUGGGGAUGAGAGCAUUAGAUGAAGAUGAAAAUCUUACGCCUCUUGGUUAUCACCUGGCAAACUUACCCGUGGAUCCUCAAGCAGGAAAAAUGUUGAUCUUUGCAUCUUUGUUUUCCUGUUUUGACCCGAUUGCUUCAAUUGCUGCUUGCCUCGGUUUCAAGGACCCAUUUAUCAUUCCUUUGGGGAAGGAAAAGGAUGUUGAUCAGAGAAAGAAGGAGCUUUGUGCUGGAAUGAAGAGCGAUCACCUUUUGCUUUCUGAAGUUGUCUCUUUGUGGGAAAGAGCUGAAGAAAGAAGGAGAGGGUGGGAAUUCUGUCGUGCUAAUUAUCUCUCCAACAAUACACUUACUCAACUUUGCGAAAUGAAGAAUCAGUUUGCUCGGCAUUUGUAUGACAUGAGAUUUUUAGAUAGCGACAAGUCAAGAUGUACCUCUGGAAAUUUCAAUUCCAAUUAUCCAGGACUCCUGAAGGCUAUAGUCUGUGCUGGUCUCUACCCAAACAUAGCAAUUAUAAAAAAACAGAAAGUAAAGCGGAAAACAGGGAUGGCUCUCCUUAUUUUAUACACUCCAGAAGACGGAAACGUUCGAUUACAUCCUAAGUCAGUUAAUAAUAACCAAUGUGAUUUUGGUUCAAAAUUUUUGGUGUAUUAUGAAAAAAUUAAAAGCUCGGGGAUUUUACUCCACGAUACUACUAUGAUACCUCCUUUGGCAUUGAUAUUUUUUUGCCAAAAUUUGACUGUCACUGAUGACGCAGAUGGAGAUGAAAAAAUAAUAACAGUGAAUGACUACAUUACAUUUACAUGUUCCAGUUAUGUGGCACAGUUAAUACAGGAUUUGAGAACAGCUUUGGAUUGGAUUUUGGAAAAUAAAAUUGCUCAUCCUGGCAUCUCAGAUUUAUGUGACCCAUAUUCACAAUCUGUCGAAUCUCGUCUAUUAAGGGCCAUUGUUGAAUUGAUUACAAUAGAAGAUGAAGAAGUGAAUUAUGAUGAAAGUGACUUUUCUGAUGAUUUAUACUGAAUCUCUUUGUCUAAAUAGGCUGUGGAUCAAUUUUGUAAAAGUGUUUUUAAAAAAGCUUUUAAAGAUAGUGAUUUGUACAAUGCUGUGGGUUCUGUUCUCGGUGGAGAACUGUUUUAAAUGAGUAAAGGGACAGAAUUUAUCAAUUGACCUGACCUGCAUGAUGGUGUAAUUGUUUGUAUAUGUAUAAAUAAGUCAGGCCAAAAUUAAUUGUUGUCAAUAAAUAUUGAAUUUAAUUUUGUCAUCUUUACUUUUUAUCAGCUUUGAUAAAUUGUUUUAUUAUCAGUAUUAAAGAAUCGAAUGCAAUGAUGUUUGAGUAAUUAUAUAUACUGUACAAUUAUACAAUACAAUAUACUGUAUUGUACAUUUGUUAUCUUGAAAUAUUGUGUAAUUUAUUUAGUUGAUAAAAUAGAUCUCUCUAUUUUUUUUCUUUUUUCUUAGAAGAAAAUUAUGUUCAUCAGUAUUAUUUUUGUUUGCCUGUUUUGUUUUUGCUAGAAAAAAAAAGAAGGUUAAAACCUAAUAUGUUUUAGGUCUCAUAUAGUUUUUGCUUUAAACAUGUUUUGGUUUUAAUUAACCUCUCAAAAUCUUUAAAUUUAAACUUUUCAUUAAAAAUUUAUUUUUGUAAUAAACUUUUGUUGUGAAAAUAGUUGCUAUCAAAAUAUUAAAUAUUUGUUACAAAUUUAUGCAUCUAUCAAAAAAUGCCUUAAUUAAAACCAGGUUUGUGCAUAUAUGCUCUAAUUUGAACAUAUGAGUGACAUCAUAUCAAAGAGGAACUUCUGUCAUUUUCAGAAAAUAGGAGGAAAAGCCAUUUUUAUUUUAUAGGUUUAAUUCAAACUGUUUUUAAUGGUUUUAUUUAAGAAUGUUCAACUUGAGUCAUGAAACAAAGUCAUUAGAAUUGUUUUAAAUAUAAGCUAUAUUAAAAUAAUUGGAUUUUUCUCAACUUUUAAAAAAUGUCAGAUGUCCUACCUUGGCCACUCAUAUAUUUGGACAAUUGUUUAAAGAAAAUGAAUAAAUAAUAAUUUUUCCAUUACAAACAUUCUUCUGAUGCUAUAGUUGAAUUUUUAAGAAACGUAUUAAGUAGUUCUGUAAUUUUAUUUACUUCUUAUGACUCAUAAAAAUAAAUAAUUUAUGUUUAUGUAACUAAAUUUUCAGAGAAAUGGAUUAUAAUUUUAACGGAUUAUAUUUUAUUUUGUUACUAAUUAUCAAAAAUUUUUUUUAUGUUGUAAAAUGAAACAGUUUUGAAUCUUGUAUAUGAAAACCCAAGUUUCAUAUUUUCUGUGGGUUAUUACUUACUUGUUCAUUAAAGAAAUAAAUCUUUCAAAUCUUACUGUCACGUAAUAUUAUGUAUUUUAAACAAUAAAUACUUAAUAUUAUUGUUUUUA